CCGGGUUUAUGUAGCCGCAUGUUCCUGUGUGACUUGGCCGUGUUUUUGCUCUCCGAAUCCUCCAGUGAGUGUGUUUUUUAAUCGAUCCUGUGGUUUAUUUCAGGCUGUCUGUUUCCCAUUUCCGCCGCCGUGACGAAGCUCUGCUCGCUCCACAGAAUCUUUUGACAGAGCCGUGAGGACCCCCCUGAGCCUUGAGGUCAGAAGGCAAAGAACAUGGGGACCAGGAGGGUGCUGGUGACUGGGUGCUCCUCUGGGAUCGGCCUGGCUGUGGCUGCACGGCUGGCCAAAGACGAGCUUAGACGGUUUAAAGUGGUCGCCACAAUGAGGGAUCUUAAGAAACGGGGGCCGUUGGAGAAAGCAGCAGGUGACUCAUUAAACAAAACCCUGGAAAUCAAAGAGCUGGAUGCUUGUUGUGAAGCUUCCAUCAAAGAGUGCGUCAACAGCCUGCCAAACAGACGAGUGGAUAUUCUUGUGAGCAAUGCUGGUGUUGGCAUGAUUGGGCCGCUGGAGUGUCAAAGCAUCCCUGCCAUGAAGGAGCUCUUUGACACCAACUUCUUUGGCCUGGUGCGGCUGGUGAAGGAGGUGCUGCCGGACAUGAAGCAGCGUCAGAGCGGCCAUAUUGUGGUGAUGAGCAGCGUCAUGGGAAUACAGGGACUUCUGUUCAAUGAUGUCUACUCUGCCUCCAAAUUUGCUGUGGAAGGAUUUUGUGAAAGUCUGGCAGUGCAAGCACUGAAGUUUAACAUCAAGACAACUUUGGUGGAACCUGGCCCUGUGAUAACAGAAUUUGAAAGGAAAGUGUAUGAAGAUGCUGAGAUGAUGGAUCUAUCUGAGACCGAUGAAGAGACGGCCAAGAUCUUCCGUGAAGUUUACCUUCCAUACUCUAAAAAAGUCUUCACUUCAUUAGGGCAGACCACAGAGGAAGUGGCCGAGCAAACACUUAAAGUGAUCACAGCCAAGGAUCCUCCUCUACGCCACCAGACCAACCGCCUGUACACACCUGUGACUGCACUGAAGCACGCUGAUCCGACCGGCCGGCUGCCUCUGGACACUUUCUAUAAGAUGAUCUUUAAGCAUGACAAUGUGCUCAAUGCUACUCUUGGGGUUCUGCGCAUGCUGCAGAGGAAGACAGGCAAAAAAUAAUGAUUUGACUGUUGCACAUAAUAGAAAUUUUAUUCUCAAGCAGAUAGUGUCGCUGCAACUUCUAGUUACUGUUUUUAUAUAAUGACAUGCAGCUUUAAGGUGACAGGAGUUUCCUUCCUGAAUCCAUUUCUUUUUAUUAUUUAACUUUCCAAUAGUUGUAACAAGACUGCAUGUUUUUAAUAUAAAGAAACAAGGGUAAGGCAAUUAAAAGAAAAUAAAAAAGAUUUUUAAAUAUAUUGCAAUGGCACUAGCAGAAUCGUAUUAGAAAACUAGUAAAUUAAGUAUUAAUUGUACCAUACUGUAUCUUAUUUAUCCAUUUAACAAACAAAUGAAUAAGUAAUGCACUUUAUCACAAAACGUUAGUAAAAAGUGAUUAUUUAAUAUUUGACUUCAUUGUUUUGGGAGUAUCUUUAUUGCACAGACUUACAAAGAUUAUUUAUGUCCUUUCCAAGACACCCAGCUGAUUUUCAGCACAGUAAGUAAUGACAUUUGAUGUUAACACUAGUAUUUUCAAUACAACUGCACUCCUAAACAGCCUAGUUUGAAGAGUAAAUGUCCUGCUUAUAGUCAAAUGUAAAAAGCCUCUGACCAUCCCGCUCUCUCAGUGAAUUUCCUUCUCCAUAGUUUUAGGAAUUUUUUGUCUGUAAACUGGUAAUAUGGCACCAAACCUGACAUUUAUAGCACAAACAUUCAAGGUGCAUUUCACAAACUUUUACUAAUUGCAAAUUUAGGUGUGAUUAUUCACCGUAUUUGUCACCAAGAUCAGACAAACUAAAUCAAUAAAGUCCUGUUAGUACCUGGAGAAAUGUUAUCAUGGUAUUAUGAUUAAAAGAUAAAUUGCA